GGCAACAGCUACAGCAACAACUCGCUCCUUCCCCAUCCUUCCUCUCCUUUCCCUUAAUUCCACAUCCACAUCGUUGGGAGACGGAUGGAUCCCUGAACAGCGCUGGCUGAAGGAGAGGAGGGUCUCACGUUAGCCUCCUUAAUGCAACGGGCUUUCAUUUUCACCGGGGUCACAAUAAGCAACAAGGAGUAGCUGGAGGUGUGAAGUGUGCACAUAAGCCUGUCGGCAGGAGGGAGGGCAGGAAGGAGAGCUGGGAAGAAGAGAGGAGUCAGAGGCAUGUUUGGAACGCCGAGGAGUGAGAGCGACUGAGGGAAAAGAUCAGAAGAUCACACCGGCGAGCUUCCCGAGCGGCGACGGCCACUUGUGGGCCAAGAGGAGAGGAAAUAAGAUCUGCAUUCACACACAGCCGGACAGAUGAGGAGGCAUCAGGGACCACGCUUCUGUCCUGGGUGUCUGGUGCACUGACCCUGCCUGUAUCAGGCGAGGAGUCAGAGGACCAGCGCCAUGACUGACUCUCCUGGUCCUGGUGGUCGUGCCUUAGUGCCAUGGCCGAGGGUGUGGAAAUGGGUUCUGGCUUCCUCGCUGGUCUCUGUCAUAGCUUUGACUUUGCCAGAGAGCAGUAAGGCCUGUCCUCCACGAUGCGAGUGUUCAGCUCAGCUGAGGUCUGUGUCAUGUCAGCGACGGCGGCUCACAAACAUCCCAGAAGGCAUUCCAACCGAGACACGGGUCUUGGACCUCAGCAAGAACCGGCUCCGUUGGGUACAGUCAGGUGAUCUGGCACCGUACCCCCGGCUGGAGGAAGUGGAUCUUAGUGAAAACCUCAUCGCCACAUUAGAGCCAAAUGCCUUUGCCGCUCUUCAGAAUCUUAAAGUCCUAAAGUUGAGGGGGAAUCAGCUGAAGUUAGUACCUAUGGGGGCAUUUGCCAAGCUAGGCAAUCUUACCAGCCUGGAUCUAAGUGAGAAUAAGAUGGUGAUUUUAUUGGACUACACUUUCCAAGAUAUGAGGAAUCUUAAACAGCUGGAGGUCGGAGACAAUGAUCUGGUCUAUAUUUCCCACAAGGCAUUCUCUGGACUUCUGGGACUAGAAGAUCUCACAAUUGAGCGUUGUAACCUCACAUCCAUCUCUGGCCAGACGCUGUCAUACCUCCACAGCCUGGUCACUCUUCGCCUUCGUCACCUUGGCAUCACUGCCCUGGAGGAUCAAAACUUUCGCAAGUUGUCUAAUUUGCGGGGUCUGGAUAUCGAUCACUGGCCAUACCUUGAGUAUAUCUCUCCACUUAGUUUCCAGGGCCUUGAUCUUCACUGGCUCUUCAUCACCAACACCAACAUCACCACUGUCCCUUCUAAUUCAUUCAAGAACCUGGUGCACCUCACCCAUCUCAACUUGUCCUACAAUCCCAUCACCACACUAGAGCCUUGGGCCUUCAAGGACUUGCUGAGGCUAAAGGAGCUCAUCAUGGUAAGCACAGGGUUGCUGACAGUGGAGCCUCAUGCCCUUGGAGGUCUCAGACAGAUUCGAGUACUCAACUUCUCCUCCAACGACCUGCAGACUCUGGAAGAGGGGUCCUUCCACUCUGUUAACAGUCUGGAGACCCUCAGAGUGGACGGCAAUCCCUUGUUGUGUGACUGCCGUCUGUUGUGGAUCCUGCAAAGACGCAAGACCCUCAACUUUGACGGCAGAGUGCCAGUGUGUGCAGGCCCGGUGGAGGUGCAAGGAGUCAGCCUCAGCGCCUUCUCUGACUCUGCCCUCUUCGAUCACUUUACAUGCCAGAAACCUAAGAUCCGCAACCGUAAGAUGCAACAGGUGGUUGCUCGGGAAGGUCAGCCAGUGAGCUUUGUAUGUCGAGCUGACGGAGAUCCUACACCUGCCAUCAUCUGGAUCUCACCGCAGCGUAGACGAAUUACAGCAAAGAAUUCGGGUCGCAUCACUGUUCUCCCCAGUGGUACUCUGGAGAUCCGCUACGCUCAACUCACUGACAGUGGGACGUACAUCUGCAUUGCCACAAACGCUGGAGGCAAUGAUACCUACUUUGCCACUCUCACAGUAAGAGGCCAGCCACUAGACUCUGCCUCCGCCUUCUUUCUGAACCGCUCUCUGUACAGCGGGGAGUACUUCAACGACACAAAUCUAAACAGCACACGAGUUUUCCUCAAGUUCACCUUGGACCUGACCACCAUUUUGGUCUCAACAGCCAUGGGUUGCAUCACAUUUCUCGGAGUUGUUCUCUUCUGCUUCCUGUUGUUAUUUGUGUGGAGCCGUGGACGCGGCCAACGCAGGAACAACUUCACAGUGGAGUACUCGUUCCGGAAAUCUGAACCCACUACAGGGAGCUCUACAGGAGGGACCAGGAAGUUUAACAUGAAAAUGAUAUGAAACAACGCAGCCAGGGGUCCCUCGGGGGAGGCAUGAGCACGUCCCAAAGACGUGUUUGACACACGCAAACACACACAGCCACUAACUCACAAAGAAGUUUGAGAGCACAAUAUUAGCUUGUCUCUAUAGCUCUGCUCCAAAUUGGAUGCCCACCUCAAAACUAGAGUUGUGAUUUAAUUUGGCCUAUGCUUGAAAUUUUAAUUAUUUUGAUGUCUCCACUUUGCAAUGCUUUUCUUUAGAUUGUGGUGUUGAAUGCUGCUGUACGUAAUAGCAGUAGAAUUUAACUAAUCAGUUAUGCUUGCCAAUAAUGGUGUGAAAUAGAAAUCAAUGAUUAGUUAGAUUUGCAACAUGAACAGCACUUUCCUGAUUAUUUCAACAAAUAAAAAGAAAAGGUUAGUAAUUGGUAAAGGAUGUCACGGAGGCCAUCGAUUUAAGCGCUCAUUUGAUCUUUACUUCUUUGUGAGAUUCUGCCCAAACAUGAGCUGUGUGAGUUUGGGACGAGUGUACCGGUCAAGCGGUGCUGCGGUUGCCUGUGACUCAGACAAUUAAAUUAUGAACACCAAACACAGGCCACCGCAGGAACCAAAUGAACCAAUGCAAGAGAGCAAAUGGUCCAGGUUGACAGGAACAGAGGGUAUACUGGGUAGUACGAGCGAGAAUACAUAAGCCUUUUAGACCUGUGUUUCGCUCCCCUACACAAACCCCUGAACCCUGGUCUCUGCUGCAUUGGUAGCCACCAAACCUUCCCGGUGCUGCCCGGGGGGAGCAGCCUGGAGAGUUGGGUCACACUCAGAGGCAGAGACAGGACACGUAGUUUCACAAGACAAACACUUCUCCAAAUUGGGGAUGACACACGGUAGAUAACAUAUUGCACCUUUUCUCAGGAAGAGCGAAGUAACAAACCAACAGAAAAAGAGUUCAUUGAACACAUUUAUUUGCUAAUUGUAACAUUCCAGCAAUACGUAUAGCCAUAAAGCCAAUACUGGAAAUUUGUGACUGAAGAAACAAAGCCAUAAUUUAUGUAGGUUGAAUUUUUAUAGAGAGUGUGCAUAAUUUAGUCAUACAAUUAUCACUACUGCCAUUUUACAAGCUGUCCUGGUAUUCACAAGAUUAUCCGGUGUCACUGGGUUUGUUGUACGUUCCACAGAAUAACACAAAACAAACACAAAGGAACAACAGUCAUAGUUGCACAAAAGCAAACAAACCCAACAUGGCACACACAAGCACAACAUGAGUCCAUAAUUGUGACGCUGACUUCUCUUUCUGUCUCUGAAACGACCGGUGCAUGAAUGUCUCUGCCCCCCUAGCCCAGUGCAUCCCCCCCUCAAACCCCACCCCCACACACUCCCACUGGGUCCUCCUUUGGGAGGGGUCCCUGGCUGGAGACUGAGGAUUAAAAUGUAAAUGAAGUUGUGUUCACCCUACCCACACCAUGUGCAUCGUAUAGUGGAGAGUAGUACUGUGGUCUUACUGACAAAAAAAUAACAAAAAGGUUUUGUUAUGUUUUUAUUGUUUUUUUUUUUAAGUGUUACGUUGCAUAUUUGUUUGUCCCUUAUUUUUAUUCUGUUCAGUUGUUGUCUGUGAGCUUCUGAAUGUUCACUGUGUUGAAGCACGUCAUCCACCAUGAGACGUUAUUCUGUUCUCAACACCUCAUAAAGUAAACUAAAUGGAGCCUGCGAACAAACUACAAACUGCUCAGAAACUUGAGUUAAUAUAAACUGAUGGUUUUUGUUGAUGGCAAAAAAAGAAAAACUGUAGUUCUGAUAACCUGAGCAAGGUGUUAAACUCAAGACAUUGAGGGUCUGUAAUUUGCAAGUCUUAGACGAAAAGUCACAUAAUUAUGCCAAUAGUAGAAUGUCGUAGGACUUGACUGGAUCAAUUCAGCCAUUUAGUUCAGGUGCAUUGGUCCAGGAAGACAUCCAAAAGUUGCAGAAUGUCUGUACUGAUGGUCUGGAGUCCAACACCCAGGAAGUAGAUCAUCAAGAUUAUAUUGUUCAUUAUUUCAACAGGCAAAAUUGUUUUGUUCGGGUGAAAAGCUCAGUGCCCACCGAGUUUUCUUUCAGUCUGAACAAACUACAUUAAUACGUAUCAGUCUCAUGCAAUCAACGUUGAAGCUAUAUUCCAAGUUCAUCAGAACUUAAACCACCUGAGUUGAGCACAUUCUAGGUGAAGAUCUAAAAACCAGUGGGAUUUGCGAGUUCUGAUUUGAUUAUAGCCGCAGAUGCCAAAAUUAAAAUCUCAGAAUGCUGUCAUACCUAAUCAGUCAGAAAACUAGGAAAAUGUCCUUUAGUUUGACAGACUAAAUGCUGUUAACAUCACAAGCCCAAAACAAACUAUUUCUCAAUAUUUUCAACUGGGUAAAUGAAACAGAAAUGUUAUACAUGUAAAUGAGCAGUUUAUUCCAGUCCGUUUCCCUUUUAUAUCAGACUUGAACUCAAGGGGAUGAAUGGGGCCCUUCAACUUAGUCACAAAAUUAAGACAUUUUCAACUUGAACCUAUAAAAAUUAAAGGCGCUGAAAGUAAUGAGCUCAUAUGUCUGUGCCGGUUGCCACAGGUGUUAAACUUCACUCCAUUUCAGCAGUUAGCAGUAAUGGUCAUUUGUCUCUUGGGUGGAUAAUUUACACCUCUUCUAUGGUGCCUUACUUUUACCACUUUCAAUAGAUGUAAUAGUGACUUCAAAAAUCUGCAUGCUACUUCUGUGACUUUCUUUGCAAAAAAAACCAUCAAAUUUGAUCAGUAAGUAAUUAAUAGAUGCAACCAAGUUGAUUAGUAUUGCUAGGAUUAGCUUGUUAAUAAUUUGUCUAAGUAGUAGACAGAAUGUUUUUUGAGAAAAGGUUUUAAAUGUGGUUCACAGACAAAAUACAGUGGUAGUUGAAAAUUGUGUUCCAGUGACAAAAAUACAUGAAAGGGUUUUGAAUCAAAAUCUAAGUGCUAGCUUCAAAAACCAAUUCUCAUGUCCAGCACAAUCUGGGCUUUCUCCCCUUGAUUCAGAUUGUCUCCGGUCUAUUUUAGAACAGGCCAAUCAGCAAACAGAAAGAGAAUCAUGAAUGAUGACAUCAGUUUUUUAAUCAACACUAGCAGCCACUUCGUUCGGAUGAGCACUUCUCUCUCUUUGCAGUGGAGGAUGUUUUUUUACAAUGCAGGCGAUUUAGUUAGCCUUGAAUUGGCGCAUCUCCUACGUCAUGAGCAAACAUUAGCAAUUGGGUAAAAUUUAAAACCUCAACACAGUCCACACCUCCAGGAAGCGUUCGUUUCUGAACAUCUCAGAAUCCAGACCAUCUGUACGAACCAAAGUGUAGUUAGUGCAAGGGAGUGGUUGUUACCAGGCCGGGGAGCGCAAAAUGUCAGGUUUUUUAUGUUUCUGUGUUAAUGAAGCCGUCCUGUUAAAAAGUUGCAACUCUGAUCAAAAGAAAGGCCCUCUGUAUUAGAACAAAUUCAUGGUUUGGGUAUAAUUUGCUGCAGGAAAGAGAACUCUCUUGUUCCUUUAAGAUGAUUUAUGCAAACUCCGUUUUUGUCCCUUGUCAGGGAUGACGAAGCCACAGAUUCUUUGUCAAGAUGAAUAACUAAACAGCUGUUAAAAGAUUCAUGAGACAAAAUGAGACUAGAUGGCAAAGCUGGCCUGAUUUCUACCACUACUGUUAAUUGCAGCCAUGUCGACUCCCGUGGUGUUGAGAACAGGACGUUGCCUCCAUGGAUGUCACUUCUCCCUAAACCAUCCCUCUGGUGUUUCCAUUUCCUGGUAUUUCUCAGUGGAAAUUAGGUUUAGAAGACAGUAAGAAUGUCUGUAGUGAUUGUUGAUGGUGUUAUUGUGUAAACAUCAUGCAGAAUUGUAAGUGUAGAUGACUGUUUCAUUUCGUUUCUUUCUCCUGCCUCUAACUCCUUUCCUCCCCUGGUCGUCUGCCCCUUUUCUUUCUGUCGUCUUCUUAGCAUUUCUGAUCUCCGUUGUCCCUGUUCACAGUAUUAGGCCGGAGUAUGGUUGUGUGGUAGUAGAUGCGUGUCCUGUGUGGUUGGUGAGUCGGUGUUGUAAUGUAAUGAUUCGUCGCUACUCGUGAUGCCACCAAACACAGAGCAGUGAUUGGAUCAGCGACUAAGAUGAAAGGGGUGACCCAGGUUCCCUGAAAAAAAAAAAAAAAAAAAAACUAGUUCCCAUGUCACACCCAACCAUUUCUUUCAAACCUCACCUUUAGCAGACUGCACCAAGCUGUUCUGGGAACUAUUUUGGAUAUGAGAACCAAUGGACUGGACUGUAUGUAUGUUCUCAAGAUGAUACGUUCGUUAUCUGAUACUAUUACAAAUGUAAGAAGGGAGACUGAGUUUUCUUUUUUUUUUCUUUUCACACGUUUUCACCUUGCAGAUUUAAGCUGCUCAUUUCUAAAAAAAAAAAAAAAAAAGGAAUGAAAAGAAGAAAUUUUCUCUGUUCAGCCCUCAUCUAAACCUUGAAGACUGGAGAAGCCAUUUUUACACGUGAUUUAAAAAAAUCUGUGAUGUGGCUUUUACUUGAAAUGUCCUUGCAGAGGUUGGAACAGAUUUGAGUUGUAUGUAAAAUAUUUUUAGUUGAUCAUAAUUUGUAGCAUGCAAUUAUUUUAACAGUUCUCCCUAAAAAGGCACAUUUGCUUAAUAUCUUGCUCUAAAGUCUUUACGGUAGCUGGCAGUGUUUCAUGUGGGGUUUUUCUAUUGGAAAGCAGCUUUAUUAAUCUGCUGCUGCAGUUGUUUUAAAAGUAGGUUGAGAGAAUCCUGUGCUGUCUCCUUUGGUUUAUCCUGGCCACAGCUCAGUGACAUGUUGCCUACAUGCAUUUCCCUGCAAAAGUAUUCAAACGCCUUGAACUUUUUUAUAUUGUCCCACCAAACACUUCUGUGAACCUCUGGCAUAAUCUCAAGUCUUUUUGAAACCUUGAAAACGUGACCUGUUCACCAAUUUUCCCCAACAAAUUCACGAGGCUUUCAAAGAAUAGUUGUCUUCACACUGAAAUUAAAUGACACACCGAUGGACCAUUUGCCAAUUAGGCAACCAUUUAGUUUUACUUAAGGGAAUCAAAGUGAAUUUGACUUUCAACAAAUAUAAGUCGCAAUUUUCCACUAUUUAUUUUCAUUUUCCUUCCAUUUUACAGUUUUGUUUUGGUCAAUAACAUCAAGCCCGAAUGACUAUGUAGAUGUUAAUGGUUGGAAAAUGUUGAAAGCGUAUGAAUACUUUUACAAGGUACUGCACAAAUCUUCUACAGCUGCAGAAACUUAACCUAAACCACAACAAGACAAUUUCCCUUUGGGAACUCCUUAUUAACACAAACAGUGUAAAAUCCCAGACACUAUAAUUAUACCAUUAUUUGUUGCAAAUAAUGGUAUAAUUAUUCCAUUUUUGCUUUGUUACACUUUCCAUGCAGCUCCAGAUUACAGACGACUUUCUUUUCAUUAUGUUAAACCGUGCUCUUACUAUUAUUAUGUUUAAUCUAACCUUUAUAGCAGUAAUUUCUGCAGCAUUUCUCACCACCUCUGUCAUUUCUGAUUCUGCUUUGGCUCUGGAUAAAUCCAUCUCUCUCUGUGCCCCACAGCUGCUUUUUUUUUGUUGAUUGGAUUAGACUGGAGCAGAAUUUAUCUGAGCUGAAACGAGGAGUAAUGGGAUGACGGAGGAGUGAGCUCUUCUGAUUGGGUGUUUAUUUGGCUUAUUAGUUUCAUUUCCUCUAAGAACACUGUACCGCCGAAACCCUAGAUGAAAUAUUUUAGUCGUAGAAUAAUAAUUUGGACAUAAAUUAUAUCUGCUGUCACGAUUUUCUGGAGGCAAACUGUCACAGCGAGCAGGAAUAUUUCAGCAGAUCACUGCUAAAGCACAUUGGACAGAUAAUUGCUUCAUCUUAACCUUGACCAGAGGACUGCAAGAAUUCUCUGCGUUUUAUAAGGUUACACUGCCACCAAGUGGUCAAAACGGGCAACAGCAGCAUCUACAACCUUGCUGAUGGGCCAGUAUUUUUGUUUUGUCGUUUAUUUUUUUGUAAGACACAAAUAAGCAGAUAGGUUAGAAACAAAGAAAGCAGACGGACUGUUACAUUUAUUCAUCUGAUAUUUUUAGCAAUACCAGUGGGUGUGUGUGGUAGGAUUCAUUCUGCCACACAAUGCAAAAUGGAGCAAAAGUCAUGAGGAUUGAGCUUAAUUCGAUUAAAAGCUGCAGGUCAGCCGGUGGAAAUCGGUCUGUAAAUUACAUUCAGAACAGAAAGGCCAACAAUCUGACAUCUCUGUUCUUUUUCCGGUCAACAAAUUUAUUGGUCCCCCCUGGAGAGCAAAGAGACGCUCCAGCUUGUGGUCUCAACAGGCUGAAUCUAUGCAUGCCUUUUGUAUAAAGUGAUUGGUAGUGCCAAACUCACACCUGCACCUGGACCGAGAGCCAGAGGUGCCAUUUGUUGCUGCUCGUGAACAAAAGCAAACGUGCUGAAUCCAACUGAAGCGAGGGGAGAUGAGUCAUGAUGCAUUCACGGAUAUUCAAACGGAGGGUGCGUCUUGAAGGAGAAACAAGUGUUUACUUGGGAUGAUUGUACUUUUACACAUAUCUUGUCACAAACAAAUGAUAUGCUCUGAUGUUCAAGCUGUAGAUAGAGCGAUUGAUAUUCCAGGCAGGUGGCUGGGACUGAUCAAUUCUGUAUGGGGAUAAGAUUAUUCAUGGCAUACUUUUACUGAUUUUUAUUCAAUAUUGUCACUCUCUUAAAGAUCCUGUGGGGUUUGCACAAGGCGUGGAGAGCUCAUGUAGAUGUGGCCGGCACUUGUUCCCAGGUUUGCACUUUGAUGAAGAGUUUUUUUGUUUUAUUUUUGUCUUCUAAAAGCGAGAAAGUGCCAGAUUUCUGCUUGUUUUAUAAAAAAUCUGAGUCAACUCUUCAAUUUUCCCCACAUUUUGGAUGAAUCUAUUACACCAGAUUUCUAUUGCACAAGAGAGCAAAUACUUGAAAACACAUUUAAUUCAUUCCCUCACUUUGUUUUUUGACUCUUUGGCCUUUUCUCUUUAUGGCGCCAGCCUCUUUAAGAAUGUGUUUAUUUUCUCUCUUUUUCUCUAAUUGCCGUAAUGCUUUUGUGUUUUUGUCAAACACAGUUGUUCCGAGCUCAUAAACCUAGGAAUGAGUGCCUGGAUUUAAUAUGCCUUUAAAACGCAUUCGUACCUUUUAACUUUUUCACAUUCUUCCUAAAUACGACCACAAACUUCAUUAUGUUUUCUAUGAUAGGAUGACACAAAAUAACACAUUAUGGUUAAGUUGACUGAAAUUAUAGAAAUGUUUUUUAGAAAUACAAAUCUGAAAAGUGUGGAAAAAAAUUGCAUUCUGCCCCUCAGUCAGUCUUUUUUAGCACCAUUUGUUGCUACGUUCAAGGCUACAAAGGUUUUGAGGUAUUUCUCUACCAGCUUUGUGCUUCUAGAGAUCGAAGGUGUUUCUUUUUCUUCUUUUCAACAUAAGUCACCAAAAGUGAUAAAUCAAAUAAAAUCCAUUAAAGUUUGUGGUUGUAAGAUGACUAAUGUGAGAAAGGAUCAAUGGACUCUAGAAAUUAGUUUGAAUUGUCUGAUUAAAUAGUGCAUGGUGAGCCGUCACAACUAGAGAUGAAUGACAAAUUAAGCUGACUGUUAUACAUCAAGUACCAAAUUUAGACUCUGAUCCUCUUUAGCAUCAUCACCAUCUGACUGUACAUUUUUAAAAUGCACUUUUUUAUGCCAGAAUAAUUUGAUCCUUGGAUGACAGGAACAGACCAUGUAAAUAUUAGCUCUAUUAGCCAUAUCAUGUCAUCAAAUCUGUAGACUUCCUUGCCAUGUCUGACAGAGGAAAAUGACUGUUGAACUGUAAAUAGUGUAGCUAGAGUAACAUAGGAUUUAACUGCUGCUUCUUUCCUCCAGGGAUCACCCAGGUUUUGUUCAGUCCCAUGGCUGUUUGGUCUCAAAGGGAAGGGUAAUAAUGUACUAUGUCUAUAAAGAACAUAUGGUUUCUUUUUUAUUUCACUGUAUGUUUUAUAUACUGUUUGUCUUGUAAAUUAACUCCUCUUUCGUCAUAAAAGCAUGAUGUGACUAA